UGUGUGUGUGUGUGUGUGUGUGUGCAUGUAUCAUUCAUGCCACAAAAGGGGAAGUAUUAAAGUGUGUGUCUUCACUUGGUCUCGGCACUCUUGAGCAGCUAGCCGACCCGAUUCCUCCCGUUUAACAAGUCCCAAGAUGCUCUCCCUCAACACCUCCCUCAGCAUCCCGGCGGUCAAGGCGAGUAAAGGCGGCGACAUGGAUACGCUCUCCAUCGUCCUCGGCGCGUUCACCAUCCUGCUUGGAAUUCCGGGCAACUCUAUUGUGAUCUGGGUGGCGGGAUUCAAGCUCAAGAAAAACGUCCUCAACGUGUGGUUGGUCAACCUGGCCGUGGCGGAUGUAAUCUUCUGCUUCACCCGAAUCUUCUCCCUGGUCAAGAAGCUCUUCUUGGACCACUGGCCCUUCGGCUUGUUCAUCUGCAAGUUCAACGGCUACUUCAAGUACGCCAACAUGUUUUGCUCCGUCUUCAUGUUGGCUGUCAUCAGCCUGGACCGGGCCAUUUGCAUUUGGUUCCCGGUGUUCACCCGGCGCCACCGCACUGUGGGUCACGCCCGGGUGGUGGCCGUGUGCGUGUGGGCAGCAGCCUUGGUUUUCAGCACCCCUUAUUUCUUCUACCGCCAAAUCUUCCUGUCGACCAAGAACCUGACCAAGUGCACGAUCGAGGAGAUCAAGGACCCUGACGCCAGGUUGGCGCUCUACUUCAUCCGCUUCCUGUGCGGCUUCCUGCUGCCCUUUAUGGUCAUCCUGGCCUGCUACAUUUUGGCCGGGGUGGGCAUCCGCCGGACCCGGUUGUUGGGUAAGGCGCGCCCCCUCCGGGUUCUGGCCCUGCUGGUGAUUGCCUUCUUCCUGUGCUGGGCUCCAUACCACGGCCUGCUGAUGCUCCGGAUGCUGGACAGCAAAAACUUGGUGGCCAAAAAAUGGCUUUACCCCGCCAAGGGCGUGGCCUACUUCAACAGCUGCGUCAACCCGGUUCUUUACUUCUUUGUGGGUCUCAUGAUGAAGGGCCGGUCCAAGAAGUCCUUGGCGGGCCUGUACAAGAGCGUUCUGGCUGAAGAUGUGGACGGGGGGUCGGGGCAGAGUAAGGAAGACUCCGUGGAGAGCGUAUCCCAGCUGUGAUGAGGGGCGGGGGACUAAAACAACUGAUAAUGUGUCGCUGCCUUUGUAUGUUCAAAUGUAAUAAAAAUGUCUUCUUAUCUAC